GCAGAGACGGAUUAUUUUUUCUUUGAGAAAUGGGGAAAGUGAUAGAUAGAAAUGAAGCCCACGGGCCACAUCCUCUUCUUGGGCCUUGGCCUAGCACGCUCGCACGGCACUCGCGCACUCUUCCGCUCCUCGGGCCGCCGCCUUGGAUCUCUCCUCCCCCUCCGGCGCGCCGCCGGAGCACCGCACCCUUACUAAUCCUACAGCGGCUUUCCAAUCCAAUACGAAUUCAGCAGUCCGUGCUGCUGUUUAGAGAAGAUGCUGCGCUGGCGGCAGCACGCUCUCCUAGUCCUGCGCCGCAUCUCGCCGGCGAACGUGUGUCCCGCCGCGUGGGCCGGUGGGGCGAGCUACCAUGGCUCUGCGCUGGAGGACAGGAAGGGGAAGGCGGCGCCUUUGCAGUGGUUUGGUGUGUGCAGGCUCGUGGCAUGGUGGACAGGUUCCGGCUGCGCGCGAGGGGCGGCGACGGCGGCAAUGGCUGCGUCAGCCAGAGGCGCUCCAGGUCCGACCGCCAAGGCAGGCCUGACGGUGGCAAUGGAGGAACAGGUGGUGAUGUCAUUCUUGAGUGCUCUGGGUCUAUCUGGGAUUUCAGUAGCUUGCAACAUCAUACGAAAGCUGGCCGAGGAGGCCAUGGACUUCCUAAGAAUCAGAUAGGAACAAGGGGUUCUGACAAGGUCGCACGGGUACCAGUUGGCACAGUGAUUCAUCUAGUCUGUGGGGAGCUACCUUUUUUCACUGUAAAUACACCGACCAGAUCUCUAGAUCCCUGGGAUAUCCCAGAUGCUGCAGAACACUCUGCGGCCAGUUCUGAUCAGAUGAACAGCAGGGAGAGCAUUAAUGGAAAUGAAUCUAAAAGAGGAAGCAACGAUCAGUGGGAGAAGCAAACAUGCUCUGGUACAGGUUCCAAGACUGGCUUUCCGAACACUGAAGAUUAUAAUGUAAGUAGCACUCAACAUAAGGUUGAGAUAGAUGAAACGGAUCCGUUUGAUAGCGAGUAUGAUGAAUUUUGGGAGGAUGAAGACGAGGAUGACUCGGAGGAGGAAGAUACGGAAGAGGAGAGGGAGGAAGAUGAUGUACAGUAUUCUGUCGCCGAACUGACAAGACCUGGGCAACGGUUGAUUGUAGCACAAGGAGGGGAGGGUGGACUAGGGAAUGUUUCUAUAGGCAAGGGCAUGCGAAUGUCCAAAGAAAAUAGGCUACAGGAGAUAGCCCGUUUGAGUGGUGGACAGCAAGGAACAGAGAGCUUUCUUGUCUUGGAACUGAAGAGCAUCGCUGAUGUUGGCCUUGUUGGUUUGCCUAAUGCCGGGAAGAGUACAUUGCUGAGUGCGCUCUCUAGGGCUCAGCCGGAGAUAGCUGACUAUGCAUUCACCACACUGAGGCCCAAUAUUGGUAGCUUAACCUACGAGGACUACUUCUCAGUGAAAGUGGCUGAUAUACCUGGUCUUAUCAAAGGUGCUCAUGAGAACCGUGGGCUUGGCCAUGCCUUCUUGAGGCACAUAGAGCGCACCAAAGUUCUGACAUAUGUGCUCGACUUGGCAGCCACGCUCAACGGUAGGAAGGGUACCCCGCCAUGGGAGCAGCUGCACGAUCUGGUCGUGGAACUGGAGCAUUACCAGGAAGGCUUGACAAAGCGCCCGUCGUUGAUCGUCGCAAACAAAAUUGAUGAAGAGGGAGCUGAUGCAAUGUACGACGAACUCAAGAGGAGAGUGCAGGGUGUUCCGAUAUUUCCGUUGUGUGCUAUCCUGCAAGAGGGAGUGCCUGAUCUGAGAGUUGGCCUGAGAGACCUUAUGGAUGCAUCGGAACCACAGGUUGUUGAUUUGAGCAAGAUUAUCGUAGACUAAAGUUUCUUUGAAAUACUGACACUUUGGAUAACUGUUCUCUAAAUUUUUUUCCUUGAGCAGUAUAUGCUUACAGAUGCAAUUAAUUAGAUCUGUGUAGCAAAAUGUGUUCUGUUUUUCUUUUGUUGGCCAUUAGAACGCAGAAUAGAUUAUCAAGUGUUGCAGUAAACCAGUGUAACAGUAUCUAAGUUUGUGACCUGGAUGUAUGAUUUACUCUUUCAUUGGAGGAGGUGUUUGUACUACUACCAAAAAGUGCUACUCUUUUAUUUUA